AUGUCUGCCCGCCUCCGCCUCGCCAACAAGGUCACCAUCGUCACCGGUGCCGGCUCCGGUAUCGGUCUCGAGACCUCGCUCCAGUUCGCCGCUGAGGGCGCCCGUGUCGUCCUUUCGGACAUCAACGAGGCUGCCGUCACUGCCGCUGCCAAGCUCGUUGCCGAGCGUUUCCCCACCUCGGAGGCCAUCGCCGUCAAGUGCGACGUGUCCAAGGAGGCCGACAUCAAGAACCUCGUCGACACUGCCGUCGCCAAGUUUGGCCGUCUCGACGUCCUCUUCAACAACGCCGGUAUUAUGCACCCUGCGGACGACGACGCCGUCGCUACGGAGGAGAAGAUCUGGGACCUCACCCAGGCCAUCAACGUCAAGGGUGUCUGGUGGGGCUGCAAGUACGCUGUUCUUGCUAUGCGCAACAACAAGGCCGACGCUGCUCUCGGCCUCGGUAUUGGCGGCUCGGUCAUCAACGUUGCCUCGUUUGUCGCCAAGCUCGGCGCUGCUACCCCCCAGCUGGCAUACACCGCCUCCAAGGGUGCCGUGCUCGCCAUGACCCGCGAGCUUGCCAUGAUCCACGCUCGUGAGGGUAUCCGCUUCAACUCGCUUUGCCCUGGCCCCAUCCGUACCCCCCUCCUCAUGGACUUCCUCAACACCCCCGAGAAGCUGAACCGCCGCAUGAUCCACAACCCCAUGGGCCGCUUCGGCGAGGCCGUCGAGCAGGCCAAGGCUGUCGUCUUCCUUGCCUCGGACGACUCGUCGUACGUCAACGGCACCGACUUCAUGGUCGACGGCGGUCUCCACGCGUGCUACGUCACCUCGGAGCAGGAGCAGAUUGUCCCUGCCCCCAAGGGUCUCCUCCAGCAGUAA